AGUAAAAGGGUCAAGCCGUCACAUUACUUUCCAUUUACUCGACUGUCGCUACAGAAAGUGAAAGCUCUUCUACAAGUUGUCAGCAAGCUGCUUUUGCGGCGAUAUGUCUCAGUGAAUCCCCUCCUUUUGCUCAGUAUAUCUUCUGUUGUCUCCUGGCGGGUUUUUGUUCCCACCCCGCUCUCUGCCUCUCACCCCACCCUCUUCUCCUCCGCAUAUGGGAUUCACAUUUGGCUUCGCCGGGCCGUUUUCUUAAUGUGAUGUUAUGAUACAUUAUCUGAAGCCAUUUACUUCCUGUCACGACCUCUCAUGUGGACACAAGCUGAGUAAGCCAAGGACAGGCGGUGGUAUUCUGUCCAGGUGAGUUAUGGCCGUUUAAUUUGACACUGUUCGCAGUGGUGAUCAUUUACAAGGCCUGAAAGUGUAAUCAAAACACAAACUGUGCUUAACGUGGCUCUCUCGCUCUCUUUCUCUCCAGGAGCCUGUUGGUGGUGUAUAGGUUUUCACCCUCUCCUGCUGCCGGCUGUAAAUCGCCUCUGUCGAAGGUGUGCGUGUGCAUGUGUGAGGGGGAACAGAAGGGUGGCUGUCUUCAUGUUGAGCCAUGUGAGAAUGAUGGAUGAGGUCGCUACUCUGCGCCAGGCUCCACUGCUGUGGAGGACAAUCUCAGGUUUAAGGCACAGAUGCUCCGAUCAGGAGCAGAUUUCUGAGACGAAGGUGGAUCCAGGCAGUGGGGGAUGGAGCAGCCUGACGACGUGACCCUGCGACAACCUUUCUCCCAACAGCCCGCUGAUCUUGAACCUCCGCUGUUCUAGCAGGAACGAGAGAGAGAGAGAGAGAGAGAGAGAGAGAGAGAGACGAAGACAUCCCCCGUUUGUGAGGCGCUGAAACACAACGAGUAAUACAAGUGAGAAAGAGACGUUAAAAAAAAAAAAGGGGAAACAGAGACAGCGCAACGUGACGUGUUCGGGCAUCCCCGUGAGGAUCGAGAGCCUCGGGGUGGUUCCGAUCAUGAAACCUUUCAUCUCUGUGGCCCCCCCCUCUGGCCUGCUUCUGGUCCUGAUGUGCUGCCCCCUGCUGGGCUGGGUCCAGUCCGCCAGCAGCAACAAGGCCAGCGAUAACGGACACCCACACCUGGGAGACUCGGACCCAGAGCGCUGCAUGAGACACCACUUUGUGGAGACCAUCACACACCCCAUUUAUAAGUGCAACUCCAAGAUGGUGUUGCUGGCGCGCUGCGAGGGCCACUGCAGCCACACCACCCGCUCCGACCCCCUCAUCUCCUUCAGCUCGGUGCUCAAACAGCCCUUCAAGAGCACCUGCUCCUGCUGCCGGCCGCACACCUCCAAGCUGAAGGCGGUGCGGCUGCGCUGCUCCGGCGGGACUCGCAUCACGGCCACUUACAGAUACAUCCUCGCCUGCAACUGCGAGGAGUGCAGCUGAGCAGGGAGAGGGAGCGGGGCAGCACCCUCCCACACCCUCAUGACUCUCACGAACCAAAUCCUCUUUCUCUUAGGCCAUCCGGAGCGUUUGUUUCGGUUGAUUAUUGGAUCGGAAACUCGCCCCGGAGGACAGCGUCUCGAGUUGCUUGUUAUCUUGGGAGUGAAACUUUGGAGCAAUCGUACCACGAUUUUUUUUUUUUAACACAGACCUUAAAAUUGACCCGCAGCCUUUCGGGACUUGGACCGAACAUACUAUACCCUCCCCGUAAUGCUUUCAAUCCCUGCAAAACCGUGCUUCUCCAGCACACGAAGGCCAGACGCCACAAACCGCUGCUCCCAAGAGCCAUUUUGAGAGACCCUCCUCGCUCAUUACAGGCCUCCUGUAAUUCAUAACACACAUGCUCACGAAACCGCAGCAUGAGAGCUCAUUACAGAUAUCUGCGACGGCGGCUUUCCGCCAGCUCCGUGAAACCCCCACCGUGCAUUCGACAAACAAAACAACACGCCUCGUUAAAAAGCAGCAUGGGAAUGGCCGAGGAACGGUUCCACGUGAGCCCCAGACGUGGGGUUGGACCUGCAGAGAGGCACCUGCGCCACGCUUAUUCACCCAUAGUCACAUUUUACACACUCCCCGCAGACUUGAAUCUCGCUGUGUAAAAGACGAGCGAGGCUGACAGGACAGCUCGCCAGGUGGACAAUAAAAGAGAGGAGGCAGACCGAGGGAGAGGAGCUCGGAGGAUUAAUAAGAGAGCGAGGAUGAAGGGUAAGCCAGCGCCUGGGUGGUCGCGUGGACUGUCAAUAAGACUUUCGAGGCCCCCAGUGUUCAUCUGAAAUGUAAUCUAUUUGCGUCUUUGUGAUUGUUCCUGUCAACAUUAUUGAAAACUGUAGCUGCCGGAUGUAUGAAACUGCCGCUUCUGCCUGUCGUGUAUUGUUAAUAAUGUUUUGAACACAUGUGAACUGAUAAAGAAACAAUGUUGUG